GUGCGCGCUUCUCGGCGCAAGCGCAGUAACGCUUUGCUGUCCCCUGUAAAGAUGUCUGAGCAGGCGGGGAGGGAGCGAAGCGGAGGACCCCGAAGCGACAGGCAGAGCCCGCGACUCGCAGCCUUUCAAACGCUUCAGGUCGAUGCCCUUGUGACGAGGAGCCGACAUGUCCAAUGAGAGCCAGGCAUCGCUGAAGGGGGAGGCGGCCGUGGUCCAUUCUCCCGGCACGUCCGCCGCCUCGCACGGCCCGCCGCUCUCGCCGUCCGCCGCCAAGCCGCCCGAACUGCCAGAUGAGCUGAUCCAGGCGGGGUGGUCCAAGUGUUGGUCUCGGCGGGAGAACCGUCCGUAUUACUUCAACAGGUUCACCAAUCAGAGUCUGUGGGAGGUGCCGGUGUUGGGCCAGCACGACGUCAUCUCCGAUCCUCUGGGCCUGAACGCCGCCCCGGCAGAGGGCGUCGACGCCAACCUAGGCAACGGCCAGCGGAAGAGGCGGAGCUCUGAGGAGCAGGCGGGCGGGCCCAACAGUCUCAAACGGGCCAAGGCCGAGCCCACCACGCCCAUCUCGCCCGGCCCGCCCGGCGCCAAACCCUGGAGCGCCGCCCCCGAUGACAAACAGGGCGCCGCCCCCGCGCCCGUCCCCGCUCCUUACAGGCCGGCCAUCGUCUACUGGGAUCUGGACAUCCAGACCAACGCCGUGAUCCGAGAGCACCCCCCCGCCCGACACCUGCCCCCCCACCCCGAGAUCGAGCUGCAGAGAGCUCAGCUGGUCACCAAACUGAGGCAACACUACCACGAACUUUGCCACCAGCGAGAAGGCAUCGACCCGCCCCGGGAGUCGUUCAACCGCUGGCUGCUGGAGAGGAAAGUGCUGGACAAAGGUUCGGACCCCCUGUUGCCGAGCGACUGCGAGCCCGUCAUCUCGCCGUCCAUGUUCCGAGAGGUGAUGAACGACAUCCCCAUCAGGCUGUCCCGCAUCAAAUACAAGGAGGAGGCCCGGAAGCUUCUGUUCAAAUACGCCGAAGCGGCCAAGAAGAUGAUCGACUCCAGGAACGCCAGCCCGGAGAGCCGCAAGGUGGUCAAGUGGAACGCGGAGGACACCAUGAGCUGGUUGCGCCGGGACCACUCGGCCAGCAAGGAGGACUACAUGGACCGCCUGGAGCACCUCCGGCAGCAGUGCGGCCCCCACGUGACCGCCGUGGCCAAAGACUCCGUGGAGGGAAUCUGCUCCAAGAUCUACCAGCUGUCCUCGGAGUACAGCAGACGUCUCCGGCACACGCACCUCGGCCUGCUGCCGGACCCGCCGGCAGAGGCGUCGGCGUCGUCCUCUUCCUCGUCGCCGCCGCCGCCGCCGUCGUCGUCGUCUCGCCUGGUGUACUGCUACCCGUUACGUUUGGCGCAGGCGUCGCCCGCCCUCCCGCGGGUGGAGCUUCACUUCGAGAACGACGUGGCCUGCCUGCGAUUCCGAGGGGAGAUGGUCAAAGUCAACAGGGGACACUUCAGCAAGCUGGAGCUGCUGUACAGGUACAGCUGCAUCGACGACUCUCGCUUCGAGAAGUUCCUGUCGAGGGUUUGGUGCCUGCUCAAGCGCUACCAGGUGAUGUUCGGCAGCACCGCCAACGAGGGUACGGGCCUCCAGGGGGCGCUGCCGGUGUCCGUCUUUGAGGCUUUGCAUCGUCAGUUUGGCGUUUCCUUCGAGUGUUUCGCCUCGCCGCUCAACUGCUACUACAAACAGUUCUGCUCGGCCUUCCCCGACACCGACUGCUACUUCGGAUCGCGUGGGCCCUUCCUGUCCUUCUGUCCCGUCAGCGGCUCGUUCGAAGCCAACCCGCCGUUCUGCGAGGAGCUGAUGGACGCCAUGGUGACGCACUUUGAGGACCUUCUGGAGCAGUCGAGCGAGCCGCUGUCCUUCAUCGUCUUCGUCCCCGAGUGGCGCGACCCCGUGACCCCGGCCCUCGGCCGCAUGGAGGCCAGUCGCUUCCUGCGCCACCAGAUGAGCGUGCCCGCCUACGAGCACGAGUACCGAUCCGGAAGUCAGCACAUCUGCAAGAGGGAGGAGAUGUACUACCGGGCGGCUCACGGCACGGCGGUGCUUUUCCUCCAGAACGCGGCCGGCUUCGCCAAGUGGGCGCCCACGCCGGAGCGCUUGGCCGAGCUGACGGCGUCCUACCGCCCCUCGCGAGCCGUCGCCGCCGCCACGCCCGCCUUGGCGUCCCGGGGUCCCGCCCACCCGGCGCCGGCCGACAGGGACUCCUCGUCCGCCGCCGAGGAGGCCGGUAACCACGACAACAACAACAACGGCGGCAGUCCGCGGGACGAGAUGGCCCCCGUGUAAAAGGAGCGUCGAUCGGUCGCUGGCUUUUCAGCAAUAACGGCUCCCGCUUGGGGAUCGGACGACAAGGCAGCUAUCUUUUUCUUUUUCCCCAUUUUGGACUUGAGGCGGGCACGUGUUGACGGCCAUUUUUUUACCGCCCGCAGUCGAGGGCUGACGUUGGCUGCUCUUGACUUGUUCCCAUCACAAUUAGGGGAGUUGCAACGUCAAAACAUUUCCACACCACCGUUCCGCCUCUGACCCGCCGGUCCGAAGUACGUCCGUCCGACCGUGCGAACGCGGCGCCGCUUUACGCUCUGUGCAAAAGCUGCCGCGACGCGGUCGCGGGUAGGCCGGUAACUGAUCGAAGCGAGGACUCAUUUUGAUAUUUUCCCACGAAUCGACUGACUGGUCGAGCCCGCCUGCCGUUUUCCUUACAAAUCGUCGGCGAGAAGGCGCCGAGGACGCGUCCAAUCGGGCGACGGCUCGCCGGUCGCCGUGGAGAUGACGUGCGGCGUUUUAUUUGACAUCCUUUCUCUAUCGUACUGUUUACAAUACUUUGUUCAGAACUAAACCAAAGUGUUACUAAGAAGAAAAAAAAGUCUAUAUUGUAAACGCGUGCGUGCGUGUUCAAAGUCAGUCGCGGCUCUGCGUCCUUUUUCUUUGUGCAUGAAAUGCUUUCGUUUCAUUUGUAGCGAGGACCACGUCGAUUUGUUGUACAGAAGAAGAAGAAGAAGAAGAAUAUGCAAAAACGUCCUCCUGUCAAUUGGGUCUCUGCGGCGCCCCCUUGCGUCUCUCGUGUUUUUUGCUCCCACCACCUGCAGUCGAGAUUUUGGGUUUUAGUUUCUCUUUU